GCGACGCGCGUUUCAAAUAUUCUCGGACGGAAAUCAUCAUCAAUUUUUAUUCCUGCUGGUUGGUGGUUUGCCUGCCAUUUUAUUUUAGUUCCCCUUAAAACUACACACAUACCACAAAGGAAACGAAGAAGAAAAGCCAAGAAAAAAAUCGAAUCGAUUUAAAGAAAAAAGUGCUGUUUUUUCCAGACAAGAAAGUGAAGUGAAUUAAAAAUUGUUUGAAUAAAAAUUGCUAUGAAACAAAAUAGCAAAAAAAGUGCGUAAAAGCGAGGAGGAGGGGGACAACCCCAAAUCUUAAACAUAUCGUAGUCGUCGUUGUCUUCAUCUUCACAAAGAAAAGAGUUGGAAUUAAUUUGCCAAACACAAUGACGAGCCAAGAAGCAUGAUGAAAUGAAGAAUCUCAAAUUAAUGAGCAAAUUAUUUGCCUCUCGUCGAAUCCCACAAAAACAAAAACACAAGGAGCAGCGCAACAGCGACGCUUAAUUAAUUUCUUUAAGAUUCCAGUUAAAAUAACAGCCACAAAAUUAAACGCAACAAUAGGCCCUUCGACCCCCAUACAUUCAUGAAAAACAUGGAUAAAAAUGCGGGUGAGGGUGGACAACAAAACGAUGGUGGCGGAGGUGGUGGCGGCGGUGGUAAAGGCGGUGGCGGAGGUGGCAAAGGUUCAGCCAACUCUGGUGCAGGUGCUGCCGGCGCGCAUGAUCAAGCAGCUUUAUUAGAUGCGGCCUCAUUAUUUGCAUAUUGGGGCCGCGAUCCUGCUUCCGCUGCCGCAGCUGCCACAAAUCCGUUAUUUAACGCACAAUUUAAUGCUGCUGCCGCAGCUGGCUUGGGCUUGCUACCCAAUCCUACCGGUGGUGGUUCGGCCAAUGAUCGUUAUUCCAUGGCAGCGGCUGCUGCUGCAGCAGCAGCUGGACAUCAUCAUCAGAACACAAUGGCCGUGGCGGCAUCACAGGCCGCUAGUUUGGCGAGCCUUCAUCCAGCAAAUUGGUGGGCUGUCACACAAUUAGCUGCCCAAGAUUAUUUCAAUCGUUUGCAAGCCUCCGGUCUUACACAUUUUCCCCAUGCCGAUCUUGCAGCAGCUUUCAAUCCAGCCGCUUUGGGUUUGGCUGGAGCUGCUGGUGCCGGUGGUGGUAGUGGUGGUGUGGGUGGUGCUGGCGGUAGUGGAGGUCAAAAUGCCAAUUCCAGUGGAAAUUCUGGUUCAGCAGGUGGCAAUAGCAAUUCAUCGGGCAGCAAAUCAAGCAGUAAAUCUCGCAAAGAGAAGCAACGACAGCAGCAGCAACAACAACAGUUGCAACAGCAACAGCAGCAACAACAAUCAUUGGCCAAUAGCUUAAAUGCAGCAGCAGCGGCGGCCGCAGCGGCAGUAGCUGCAAAUCCAGCGGCAGCUUUGUCAAGUAUGCAUGGUCUGGUGGGUGCUGGUACAACCAUAACGCCAUCAUCUGGUCUAGGUAGCUCUGCCGGUAGUGGUAGUAACAAUAGUGGUAGUUCUAGUAAUGCCUAUAAGAACAAUUCCUCAAACUUUGGCAAAUCGUCAUCAUCAUCGUCGAACCCUAUACAGGUUCAAUUGCCUCCACCACCGGGAUCGGCAUAUGAUCCGGUACAAUUGCAUAAAGAAUUAUUGGCCAUGCAACAGGCUGCAGCUGCAGCAGCGGCCUCUGGUGCACCAAGUUCUUCAAAGAAAUCCUCAUCCAAACAAUCAAAUAAUAACUCAUCAUCGUCAGGUAACACUUCAUCCUCUUCUUCUUCUUCUACUUCCCAUCAUCACUUAACUGGUGGCAUAAAUUCUUCAUUACCCACUAAUGUUUCAUCAUCAUCAUCAGCGAAUCUAAUCUCACCGCAUGGCUCAAUGGGGGGCGGUGGCAGUGGUGGAGGUGGCGCUGGUGGUGGUGGCUCCAAUUCUUCUUCCUCAUCAUCCUCGCGUGACAAGAAUGCCGCCGACAAGAAUAACGCUUCAUUGAACGCUUUGAAUUCCCUAUCGCAAUUUGGUGCAUUAUGUAUGACACCGCAGCAAAGUAUGCAGGCAGCGAUGAAUGCCUUUGCUGCCAGUAAUUCAGCGGCAGCUGCUGCAGCUGCGGCUGCUACAUCAGGCAAUAAUUCUGGGGGAGGUGGCUCAGCCUCCUCAACAACUGGAGGCAAUAAUAAAUCUUCUAAAGAUUUUAUACCAUCUGGAGGAUUAGGUGACCACCCCUCAUUGCUGGGAGUUCGCUUGCCACCCGAUACGGAAAUCAUCAAGUACACCUCAUCCAUCGUGGGCCCCAAAAUACCCGGUACUACUUCACGUGGUCGUAAAAAGACCAUAUCAGAUGAACAAAACCAACUACAACAACAAAAACUUGACUUAGAUUCAACAACAAAUGCUCUUUCCUCUUUGCUUGCAUUUCCAGGUCUUAGCCCAGCGAAAAGGGCGAGACUCGAAAUGGAGUAUGCUGCCAUUGCCGCUGCGGCCAAUGCCGCCCAGCAACAACAUCAACAGCAAAGUGCUGCGGCUGGCGCUGGUGGUGUGGGGGGUAGUGGGGUUGGUGGUGCCUUAGGUAGUUCCUCCUCCACCGGUUUACCCGGCAAUCUGACCGCCUCACAAAUGGCCGCCUUGAGCGGUUCAUUAGGGGCGAGCGUUAACACUGCAACCCCGGGCUCCUCCACGUCCGGAGGUUCAUCGCAAAAUACCCCUCACUUGGAUUUAACAGGUCCCAGCAGUGGUCGCACCAGCCGUGAUUCUUCAACAGAUCGUGUGGAGGUGAUUAAAUUACCACCUACUAUUACCUCAAAUGGGGCCUAUAAUCUAUCGAAUAAAAACAAGGAUGUACACGAUUUGACCGGAGGCACUGAUCUUAAUUCGGGUGUAAACCUCAGUCUAAAACCAGCCGCUUCUGCAGUUUCAAACUCUACGCAUGGUGCUGGAGGAAAUGUUACGGGAACUACCAUAACUAUUGAUGACUUUGAUGCUCCUUUGAAUUUGUCUAUGAAGCCCGACAAGUCCUCCUCUUCCAGCAACGAUUUGUCUGGAGGUAACAGCAGCUCCGUCAGUGGCGGAGGAUCUGGAAAUUCUGGUGCCUCUAGCUUGCAGAGCUUAAGUUCGAUAACUGCGGCCCUGGGAGGUAAUGGUAGUGCUGGUGGAAGUAGCGGAGGUUCUGGUGCAGCUGGCAAUAGCUCCAGUAUGGGAGGUAAUGGCAGCAGCAAUUCAUCCUCCAAUAAUGCAGCCAAUGACAGAUCAUCACAGCAAAGUUCCUCCUUUAAAGAGGGAAGACCCAGAAAUCUAGGCAGAGGUGUCUCAAAGCCCAAAAAGAAUACAGUAGCCUCUUUGUUGGCCCAAUCAAGGGCAGUGGGUAUUAAGCCCAUGUUGGCUACCCAGCAAUUACUGCAGCAAGGAGCUGAUAUUGAAAAAAUCCGUCAGGCCUUAAGUGAAGCCAAUGCCCAAAUGGAAGUGUCCACCGAUUCGGAAAGUGUUGCCGCCGAAUCGGGCCUUUCCGAAUCAGAGACUGAAGAACCAAAUCUCCUUAAUGUUACCGAACUGAGAAUACCCCUUGAUUUGGGCUGGAAACGAGAAACCGUCAUACGAGGCCUAACCAAGGCAGGACAAAUCAAAGGCGAAGUCACGUAUUAUGCCCCGGGCAGUAAUGUGCCCAUAAAGUCCAUAGGACAAGUAUUCGCUCACUUGGACAAGAAUCCCUCGAAGUUACUGCGUGAAAACUUUAGCUUCUCGGCCAGAGCCAUUGUGGGUACAUUCUUGCAGCCAGCCCCACCGCCAUAUGCCAAUGAUGGUGAAUACAUACGCAUGACGGAUGAGGAUGUGGCCAAACGUUUGGAAGAUUUAAAAAUAUUCACACGUCAGACAUUGAAUGUCGAAGAACGUAUACAGAUUGCCAAGCAACAGCAGGCCCUUAGGGAUGCCAAAAAGGCGCAAAAGGAGGAAAUGGCACGUAGUAAGGAGAAGGCACGCCAAGAGAAAAACGAAAAGCUGGAGCAGCAAAAACGUGAGCGUGAAUUAAAGAAUCAACAGGCCAUUGAGGCUCGCAAGAAAAAACAGGAAGAAUUGGAACGUUUAAAACAGGAAGAGAUACUCAAGAAGCAACAGGAAAAGGAAAAGAAACGUCAAGAAGCUAUUUUAGCUAAAGAACAGGAACUGAAUCGUCAAAAGGAAUUGCUUUUGGCUGCCGAAAUGGAAAGGGAGCGUAGACGUCAACAUAUGAAUCUGAUACGCCAGUUGGAGGUGCGUCGCAAAUUUGAAGAGCGCGAAAAGAAGAAACAUCAAAUGGUCUUGGAUCGUUUGAUUAUGCGUGAGAAACGUUUGGCCGCUCGCAAGAGAGAUGCCGAAAUUUUAGCACAAAUAAGGAAACCUCAAGAAGAUUCUGAACUGAUACAACCAAAUCCCAUACCGGAAUUGGAGCGUAUAGCCGGUAAUCGUUUACCCGGUCAGGCUAUGGCUGAUUUGUUAAUGGUCUUUGAAUUCUUGCACAAUUUCGGUGAAACUUUAGGAUUUGAUAUGGAAUCUCUACCCACACUACAGAAUCUCCAUGAUGCCCUUGUCAGCGAUAGCAAUGCCGAUGCCGAAGAAGAACUCUUGUCUGUGAUGACGCAUCUGCUGGUGUGUGCCAUAGAAGAUCCGGGCAUACCAAAUCCCGGGCGACACACCACCCUGUUGGGACAAUCGCUACGCAAUGCCGAUAUAACCAAUUCCAAUGUAGCCGAAAUAUUGCGCAUCUAUUUGUAUGCCACAGCCACCGGAGAAAUUCGCCAAAUGUUUGGCGUCGUCAUGGAUCGUGAGCGGGAACGUCGCGUACCCGAUCAUCAUCAAAUCGAUUCCGAGUCUGUUGUACACACUGGCAAAAAUGCCGAAUAUUAUAAGCUGCUGCACGAGAAUGAAACAUGGAAGCUUUCAAUGGCUCUAAAAGAUCGUCCAUUUGUGGCUUUAAAUCCCACCAAGAAAGCCCAAAUUUUGGCCCAUUUGUGCAAUGAUUUGCUCAUGAACAAGGCUGUCUUGAAGCAAAUCGAAAGUAGCCUAGAUACGUGCAAUCAAAUGCGCAAAGAAAAAUAUAUGACUGACAUGAAGGUGCGUAAGUACAAGGCCUUGCACAUGCGCAAAUCCCGCAUAGAGGCCUAUGAGAAGUUACAAGCCGAAAGGGAAGCUGCCAUGCAGGCUAUGGCCGCCCAACAGAAACUGGAUGCUGAGCGCAUGGAAAAGGAGAAUGCCGAUGGUAAUAAGGAAGCAACAACAGUGGAUCAUGAGAAUCCCAAUAAUCCCAAUUCCACAUUGGAGCAAACCUCCACAGAGGCUGCUGGCGGAGAGCAAAACAAUAAUGCCAACAACAAAGAUGAAAGUAUGGAAGUUGAUGGUGGUGAGUCCGCACAAAAACAACUAUUGGAUAAAGAUUUAACAAACCUGCCUGGCGCUGCUUUGGAUGAUGCCAAAUUGAUGGCCCUCACCUCAGACAUUACGCCCACAAAGAUGCCAAAGCUGGAUGAUCUUUCGGCUACAUCUUAUCACAAUGGUGGCUCCAAAGUAGGCGGUGGCCGCAGUGUUGGUGGUCUUAAUGAUGAUGCCUGCACUGAUGGUGGCAUGGACGAAGACAUGAGUGAUAUGGAAUCUGAAAUAACCAAUGUGGAGGAGGAUGAAGAUAAUCGCCUGUCCGCAGACGAACUGCAAAAGAAAUUGGAUAAAAUCAUAAGGGCCAAUUUGAAUUGCAAAGAGGUUCUGGAGAAGUCCACCAAUCAACUGCGUGCCACUUGUUUUGGCCAAGAUAGAUUUUGGAGACGUUAUUGGCGCUUACCCAAGGCUGGUGGUAUAUUCAUAGAGGCUCUAGAAUCGGCACAAAAUGAUAUAUUCCAAUACAAUCAGAUCUUGGAGCAAGAGGAUGAGGAGCGCAGAUUAAAUCAGCCGCCAGAUCAAGAAGUUCCAGCUGAAGAAUCUGAACUUCCGAAGGCUAGCGAAGAUAAUGAGGCUCCGUGCGAGAUCAACAAUGAUGUGGAAAUGACGAAUGAUGAGGUUACGGCAUCAAAUGUCACAUCUUCUGCGACGGAAUGUGCCAAUAUGGUAAACACUACUUCGGGAAAUGCAGAAACCAACGCCGAUGAUUCGGAUGAUGAUGUCAUCGAAACGAAUCGCGUCGAACCAGAAAUUGUGGAUUUGCGCGAUGAUGAUGAUGAUGAUUACGAUGUGGCCAUAAAACCCCAAGCUAUUCAAAUCGAUAACAAUGGUACAGCUAAAGUGGAGAAACCGGAUGCUGCCGGUCUUCUGCCACCACCACCACCACCGAUAUCGAGCAGCUCCGCAGCAAAUGUCACCUGCACUUCACCUACAGCCAAUAAUUCCAAUCCUCCCAAGAAGGAAGAUUUCGAAAGUGACGUUAAGCUGGGAGCAGGAGGCGUUGGCGGAACUCUCAAUCCUUCUCAGAUUUCUUUAACGACAAACUGUGAUAAAUCAGAAAUUACAAAUAUGAUAAAUAACACCAACGCCCCUACUGGCCUAGCUGCCACCACACCCACCAGCAUAAUCAAUUCUUCCCCAACCAUAAAGGUCGAUCCCAUGAAGGUCAUCGAUGACAAGAAAGAAGAUGACUGCAUAAUUGUCUCCUCUUCGGGACCCGCGGAGUGCAAGCCGUUAAUGCAGCCACCAGAGCCCCAGGAUAAAUGGUUUUCUAUUGUUAAUCGUGAAGUGCCAUUGACAACAACCGAACCUCAGAAUGCCACCAAUCUGAAAGAAUUCCAAAAACUCUACUCCAAUAUAACGUGCAGUUCUAGCUAUCAGAUACAGGGCCAUCCGUGGGAUCUGCCAAACAAUGUCCAAUACUUUACGGUGACCAUGGACGACUGUAAGGCCGAUCUGAGUAAACUCACCACAGAAUGCAUUGUUUCCCUGUCCGGCCUGGACCAGGAUGAGAUUGAUAAAAAAUUGAAAGAAUUCGAAGAAAAGUUACAACAAAAUUCAAAAAACUCCUUGGAGACUCCUCGUCAUCAUCAAAUGAGCAGCAGCAGCAUGAAAACUGAAGGUGAAACCACCGAUAACAUGGAUUGCGAUGACGAGGAGGUGGGCGAAGAACAUCUAGACAAGAAAUCCUUGGUAAAAAAUGAAUCGGAUUCAAAAUUUUUUCAUUUUGCUAAGGACGAAGCCAUCGACAGUGGUGGGGGAGGAGAUGCCACCGAUUGCUAUGAUAUAAAACCGAAAUUGGAAAUAAAACUCGACGAAGCAUUGCAAACGUCUUUGCAAAAUAUGCACAACAUGUCCUUGACCAACAUUAGCAAUUUCAUACAAUACGACGUUCCCACGCCUCUGCAAAUGAGCCUCGAAGAGUCACAAAAAUUGGAGCUAAUUAAAAAGGAGGGGUUUCCCAAGAAGGUAAACAAUAGUUUUGUGCCGCACAACCUUCGUUACAACUGGUGGAAGAUCGACACCAUGGAGCUUUUGCAACAGGUCAUUAACUCACUCAACUCAUCAGGCCUGCGAGAAAAGGAACUGAAGGAAAAUCUAACACGUUUCUUAAGUCAAGAAAUACCUUUGGGUCUACCCUAUGCCUUUGGUGAGGCAAAAGAGUCGGAUCAGCCUUUUGUAAUGCCAGAUAAGCCCAACGAUUGGACACCUAAAAUAGCCAAGCGUGUUGAAAUGGCCUUGUUGGAGCAGCUGGAGGCUUUGGAAGAUAAAAUUGCCUCAGCCUCUAUGCAAUUGAAAAACUGGGCAUUGCCACCUCGCAUUGAGUCUGAGCUCAAUCUGGAAAGUGAUGCGGACAUAACGGAAGAAGAUUUUGUCAGCAUAAUUCCUAUGAUUAGGGAACGCAUUAUCGAUCUGGAGGCAAAUAUUGAAAGACGUUAUCUCAAACCACCGCUAGGAGCCCAUACGGGUGAUGCUCACUUAGCUGCCAUCGCACAAAAUCAGCAAAAUACUCAAACGCAAAAUUCCGCCAAUGCUGCCGCCUACUAUCAGCAAAUGCAACAGCAACAGGCCGCUGCCCAACAGCAACAACAGGCCUUCAAUCCCUCGGCAUUCAAUGAGCGUGCCAUGGCUUUGGCCGCCGCCAACAAUACCGAAAAUAAUUCGCAGACGCAUAAUGAAAAUAAUUCAGGCGGUGAUUCACCUUCGAGCAAUUGUGAUAGUGAUAAAGAUGAAAAGGUGGAGAAUAUUCCCAAAGGUUUGGUGUCAUGGCGUGAUGCUGUCUCACGAUCCCAUACCACUGCUCAAUUGGCCAUGGCCCUGUAUGUGCUGGAAUCAUGUGUGGCCUGGGACAAGAGCAUUAUGAAGGCGAAUUGCCAGUUCUGCACAUCUGGCGAGAAUGAGGAUAAGCUGUUGCUGUGUGAUGGCUGUGAUAAGGGUUAUCACACCUAUUGUUUCAAGCCGAAAAUGGACAAUAUACCGGAUGGCGAUUGGUAUUGCUAUGAAUGCGUCAAUAAGGCCACCAAUGAACGCAAAUGCAUUGUAUGCGGUGGCCAUCGCCUACCCCCGGUGGGCAAGAUGAUCUAUUGUGAUUUGUGUCCGCGUGCUUAUCAUGCCGAUUGUUACAUUCCGCCAUUGUUGAAAGUGCCUCGUGGCAAGUGGUAUUGUCAUGGUUGCGUUUCAAAGGCACCACCACCGAAAAAACGUUCCUCUUCCAGCAAGCCUCGCCGUGAUCGAGACUCAUCGUCCACCUCGCUAUCGUCGAAACGCAAGGACAAACAUCACAAUACAUCGUCCAGUUGUGAGCAGCUAAACACUUCGACGGACCAUCAUAAUCUGCACAAUUCAUCGCACGAUGAAUCCAUGACCUCAUUGCCACCGCCUUUAAGUCCUGCCCAUUCGGUGGCCUCGACUUCCUAUGACGAUCAUCACAAUAAUUCCAUAGAUACCACGCGCUUCCAGAAUCAAGUUACCAAUCGUCAAUCGGUGCUAAGUCCUCAGCCUAAUAAUGAAUACAACGAUACCAGCAUGGAUGGUAAUGCCAUCAAUAAUCCGGCAGCAGCCAAUAUCAAUGCAGCAACUAAUCAUGGACUUUUAUUAGCAACACAGCAACAACACCAGCAGCAUCAACAAACACAACAUAUGCAGCAACAGCAACUGUUAAACAGCCAGCUUCCUGGCGGCAUUGCUACGUUGUCCAAUCCAAAUCCUUUGAUAGCACAGCAGCCUGCCAUGUCUUUACCCUUAACCAUGCCACAACAACAGCAACUUUUCAAUAGCAUGGCGCCCGGAACACUGCUGCCACCUCAACCACCACAAACAAUGUCACCAUCAUUGUUUGCCAAUUUGGCAGCAUCAGUGCCGCCCCAUCCUUCGAUGGCUGCCGCUAAUCAAAGCAAUCAUUUGGCACCUUUUGCAAUGAAUGCCGCUGUUGUUGGAACUUCAUUGAUACAACCGCCGCCGCCAACGGCCGUAACAACUGUUUCAGUUGCAAUGCCCGCACAAAUGCCGCCAGUGAGCAAUCAACCAAUGCCCAUUAUACCCAGCCAAUUGCCCAUAUCGAUUAAUAUGCCUAUAUUAUCAACAGCAACACUUCCCACAUCAAUGACCACAGCACCCACAGUCUCUUCUUUAAUGUGUUCAACAUCACCACAACAUUCCCUAACGUCGCCACGUUCAUCCACACCCACCCAAUCGCAAGCAAUGCUUUAUAAUGCUGUACCACUGCAACAGCAGCUGCAGAUGCACCAACAACAGCCGCAACAUUCUCCCCAAUUGCUUGGGACACCGGCGGCGGUGGCGUCGGCUGCAGCAACUUCACCUGCCAUGACUUCACCCUCGCUAACAUCCCCCAUUGCCAGCUCCACUGCUUUGGGACCACCACCACCACUUAAUAUACAUGCGGUGCAAGAGGCCAAGGAGAAGAUGAAACAGGAGAAGAAAGAAAAACAUGCCACCAAAAAGUUGAUGAAAGAAUUGGCCGUAUGCAAGACUGUUCUAGGGGAGAUGGAGCUACAUGAAGAUUCGUGGCCAUUUUUGUUGCCAGUAAAUACCAAACAAUUUCCUACUUACCGUAAAAUCAUAAAAAAUCCUAUGGAUUUGUCAACUAUAAAAAAAAGACUACAAGAACUGAGUUACAAAAGCCGCGAAGAUUUCUGCGUUGAUGUCCGGCAGAUAUUCGAUAAUUGUGAAAUGUUCAAUGAGGACGAUUCGCCGGUGGGUAAAGCUGGUCAUGGCAUGCGUAAGUUCUUUGAAAUGCGUUGGGCUGAGUUGACUGAUAAACACUCAUGAUAUCAAAUGCAACAACAUACGGCUACACAACAGCAGCAACAACAACAACCACAACAACAAUCGCAACAGUCGCAACAACAACAACUCAAAUAUAACAGCGAAUAAAAUAAUACAAAAAGAAACACACACACACACACAUACCAACACACAAUAAUGUGAAAUGAAAUGUGAAACAUUUUCAUUUUUUCUUUCUUUCUUGUCGAAAAGAAACAUUUUAUUUAUAUCCCAUAUAUAAAUAUUUAGAGAAAAAACAGUUGAAGCAAAAAAAAAAAAAAACAAACAAACCACUGAAAGAGCAUAAACAUUUCACUAAACCCUCUAACAUGCGCCGUAAGGAUCCCCCCUCACUUCCUUCAAAAGUUUUAACUAUUACAAUUUAAAGGAUAGUAAAAUAAGACAACACACAUAUUAACAAAAGAAAAAAGGCUUAAAAUUUAUUAUAAACUAAGUAUAGAAACACACACACAUACACAACAAGUACAUCUCCUUGACACUUUUCCAAUUAACAACACCACCAUUUUCAUGCCCACAAGAAAUAAACCUUAUUUUAAAGUUAGACGGAACUAUAAUUAAAAUUAGCUAAAAUAGCUUGAGACACAUAUAGACACACAUACAAAUCCACUUUUAUAUAUUAAAAUGAGAUAAUGUGAUUUCUUCAAAAAAAAAAAAAAAAAAUGACAAGCCAUCAACUGAAUAUAGAAUGGGGAGAAGGAGGCGUCAAUGAAUGCAUGUUUAGAGAAAUCAUGGCAUUUUAUAUUUAAACAUUUUUUUUACUGCCUAUAAUGUAAACCAAAUCAAUUCUCGAGGGACAGCUUAGUUUUGUAUUAUUAAAAAUUUUUUUCUUUUUUGGAAACUUUACAUGGAAAAUUUUUGGAAAUGCAAAUUUUAUGGGCAA